GCCGGGCAGUUCAUUAUGUUGGACAGGGCGCGUCUGCGCCUCCGGCCGCCGCGGCUCCCGGGGCCUCCGCCUGCAGCCGGCGGCGGAACGGGGGCAGGCGGCUGAGACAGGCGAGCUAUUUGCAUUCCCCGGCAGUCAUUUUUAUAUGCGGAGGUAAUGAAGUUGUCAGCGGCGCCCCGAGUGUGGCAGAGCCUGAUAUUCAAAUCGCCCUGCCCGCUCCGCCUGCUCCCGCCUGCCGGUCCCGGGAGCCCCAGGCUGCGCGCGCCCGCACCGCAUCCCCGCUUUGCCCCGCGACCGCGCGCGCCUACUUGUCCUCCCCCGCGCCUUUGUUUCCGUCUCCUUCUCCUUUCCCUCCUCUUUUGUGUCGGGCCAGACUCAGCCCCAGAAACCAGCCACCCUGCCGCGUCCGACUGCCAGGGAUCCCUCACGCCGCGAGGAAGAGACACUGGAGAGACACUCAGCUGGAGUGAGAAUACACAGGCAUCUUCAAGUACCAGAGAUGUCUCCAAGAGCACCAGCAACCCCAGCUAUCUGGAUCUGAAGUGGAUAUGCUCAGAGGCGUCCUGGCCCACCCCACCCCCCACCCCAGAGAAGAUGCUGCUGCACUCAGAAGAUGCCAGAGCUAGCCACCACCCACACUGCAAGUCUGGAAGCUCUGCAAGGACCCAGCAAGGCAGCCUGCUCAGCGAAGGCUUUGUCUCCUGUGGCAGGAAGAGCAACAUUAAGAACAAGAAGCCCGGGCUGGACUACCCUUGAGAUUUAAUGACCAGAGCUGAGACCCCCAAGACCACAAUGACUAUGGAGGGCUGUCAUUACCUUGCCUGACCCUCUAAUGCCUCUCAGUUCAAGGAGGCCACUGAGUGAAACCGGAGGCUGGUUUUCCGUGGAAGCCAGCGGCCCAUCCACCUGCUCCACUUCCCUGCCUCUUGCAGCCUCUGCUCAAACACUGUCGUGGCUUGGCAGCACUACAAGACAGAGUGAAAACAGAUACUUCUGCCCCCAUUCCUAUCUCCUCUCAUUUACGCAGAUUAAAUGCUUUCUUUCCUUGUUUUACACUGCUAGGAUUUUCAUCACCCUGUUUUUUCUUUCUCUACAUCAGCUACAAGAAAAAAAAAAGGAGUUACUGAGCAACUAAGAUGUCACAACUGUUUUCAGUUUUAUUAAUGAGUUGUUAUACUUAUUUUAUAGAUAGAGAAUUACCAUUAUAACAUUGCUCCAUUGCCCACUCAUCCAUUCACGCAUCUGUCCAUCCGUCCAUCCACCCAUUUGUCCACUCCCCAAAUGGUCAUCAAUUGUCUACUGUGAGCCAAGCAAAGUGCUCCUUACUUUGGACUCUGAAUCCAGUGCUGUUUCUACUUCACCAUAGACACAUGCCCCUUGAGUAUAAGGGAGCUUGAUUCAUUCAACAAAUAUCUGUUGUCUACCUCCAAUGUACUGGCAUGUUCUAAAUGCAUCCAACAAAAACCUAAAUGAAAAAAAAGAAAAGCCCAUUCCUUCAAGGGGAUUGCAUUCGGACUGGGGGAGACAGAUAAAAUAAAAAUAAUAAAGUCAAAUAUAUAUGUUAGUGACAUGUGCCGUGAAGAAUAAUGCCCAAUAGGUAAAUGGGGCAAUUAACAAAUGUAAUGUAAAUAAAUUAUUUCCAUGAAAUCAUUGACUCACCAACAGAGGGAACACAAUUUGGUCCAUGGUAAAAUAUUCCUUGGUAUUAAUAAUUUCUUCUCCUAAAGUAUUUCAGGGGCUGCCAAGCUGCUCUCCUGUUUCCUCUUCCUUGGGGCUGAUUGCAUCCCAUGAUGUGCCCAGGUUUUGAGAUGCUCCUCGUGAAUGAAAAUAGAACUGUCUGGUUCCUCCAUCCAUAGCAAGGGAGCCUGGACAGAAAUAACUUCUGUGCGUUUCUCCAGCUACAUUUAGGGAAAACUAGAAAAUACAGAAAUAUAUCAAGAAGAAAAAAAAUUUAAAAAUGACCCAAAAUCCCACCAACCAGAGACAGCUAUUAAUGAUUGUGGUAUAUUUAUUGAAUUUACUAAAGUCAUGCUAUACGCUAGGCACUGUGGAGGAACUGCAAAAAGACUUCAAGGACUGCACCGUCUUGUUGGAAAGAUGCCUAGACAACAUUUGAGAAACCCUGAUCGUGUUUGAUGACACAUAACUGGUAACAGUUACAUGGAAUUUUCUAUAUGCUAUAUACAAACAUACAAAUAUAUGUAUGUAUAUUUACUCAACCCUCACAACAGCUACUACUGUUAUUAUGAAUCCUGUUUUAUAGUGAGAAAACCGAAACAUGGAGAGGUUAAGUAAUUUGCCCAAGAUCACAUAGCUACUAAGUGGUGGAACUGUGAUUAGAAUCCAGGCAUUCAGGCUCCAGAGUUCACACUCUUCACAUACUACAUCUAUCUUGAAUAUAACAAUGUAGAGAAAAAGAAUUAUAGCAAGCAUAUGUCUAGGUAAGCAUUUUCCAGAAGUGACUGUUUUUUUGCAUUGGGUUUGUAAACUUUCAACAAUAAAGCAGGUUGGACUUUAUAUCAGUCAAAGCAGAAUAUUCUGAUGUCACCUUCCCCAGUGUUUAGGAUGUUGAUGAGAAUUGCUAAUCCAAGAGAAGAAAAUAAUCUCAUCUAAUUUGGAUAAGUCAAUUAUUUGAAAGUAGAAGAACCACCCUUCCGCCUCUCUUGUUCUAAGGAACCUCUGGGGGAAGUACUGGAAAAAUAAUGCUUUCUAAUAAGCCCAAUAGGGCUUUUGAUUUGUAAUAACUAUUUUAAUAAGUAUCAGUUCAAUUCCUAUUAUUUUUAAGAAGUUCAUUGAAUGGAUUAAAGAACAAAUGAAUGAGCAAUGCUUUAGGCUAUAGGCUUUCAGAGGACAUAAUUCUGUGAAACAGACUCAGUGGUAUGCUGGCACCAGCUCCUACUUGCGUCUCUUUUCAACUUUGUGUUCAGUGACUUUGCCUUGGUAGCUUGACGUCAGCCAUGGCGGGAAUAUUUAAACUAAAUAACUGAGAAAAUGAUUCAUAUUACAGAGCUUUUUUUUUUUCCUGGAACUAAGUGUUAAACAUUUACCAGCACACCACUGCCUAGACUUGUUAGGAAAUUCACAAGUGAGAAGAAAUUCUGUGAUUCCAGGAGAUGAAAGAGGGAAGUGUAAUGAGAAUAUCAACUUGAAUCUUUUUAUCUGUUGCUUUCUUUAAUUCGGUCAUUUCAGAGGGUGGGUAGAUUUUGUUAAGACAGUUGAAAUAUUUAGGUAGGUAGAGGGGUGAGUGCAGUUGAAGAGUAAAGGCUGUUUGGGGCAGACAAAAGAAUGAUAGCACUCUUUCAAGUGCUCUGCCACCAGCAGUAAAAGUCGGGAGAAGGACCUAGCACCAGGACACCUGAUCUGUCCGGCGUAAGCGAGUGCUGAGUCAAAGGCCUGCAAUUCAGGCCCCUGCUCUGGGGCACGUUCAGUUUCAGCCAGGCCCAGCUCUCUUUCCCAGGUCCAUGGCGUGGAUGGCACCCAGAAUCCAGGAGGGGAGUGCUGGUGGAUACACCUGGGAGGGCCUGGUGGAGGACCAUUUGCAUGCAGAAAUAAGGAAAUAGACAUAUUUGAGCUGGAAGAAAAUCUUACAUGUCUGAUCCAUUUCACAGAUAAGGAAAAGGGGCCCCAAAGAGUGAAGAGGGGAUGUCCUGAGGUCAUGAGGCUGGCUUACAGCAAGGAUCUGGACCGGACAGCAGGGUGUGACCCUCAGCUGUCCCCAUACUUGCUGCUUGACAUUGGAUAGGUUAUUUAGGCUCUAUGUGUUUUCUCAUAAACACAUAGAAGUUAGGUAAAAAUGGUGGUGUGAGAAUGAACUAAUACAUGUAAAGAGCUUGCAUGUAGUAAGCUCUCAAUAAAUAUUAAUAAUACUGGGCACAGUGGCUCACACCUGUAAUCCCAGCACUUUGAGAGGCCAAGGCGGGUGGAUCCCUUGAGGUCAGGAGUUUGAGAACGCCCUGACCAACAUGGUGAAACCCCAUCUCUACUAAAAAUACAAAAAAUUAGCCAGGCAUGGUGGUGGGUGCCUGUAAUCCCAGCUACUCGGGAG